CCACCUCCACUUGUCGUGUGACGUGCACGGCUCCUGGUCGACGGACUCUACCUGUGGAGCCAUGACCAGAUUACUGAUCCUGCUGAUUGGCCUGCUGGCCGGUUCAGUCCGCGCCAGCAUCGAUGGUUUCAGCGGCUUCAGCUCCAUCAGCUCAAGUGUCAUCCACCCGAGUGGUCCGGGCGGCGCGGUGCUGCCGGUGACCGGCCCGACUCUGGUGCCCCCCGGGCACAGCACGGUGCCCCCGCCCGGCGGCACCGGUGCCCACUGUGCCCUGGCGGUAACGGCAGCCGGCGGCCAGUCGUCUCUGGUGGACCACACUCGUAACGUCCUGCUGGGUCAGAGCGGGCCCAGUCACAUCGGUGGUGGCACGUGCAUCACCUACGAGGCGGUGAGCGCUGCGUUCGAGCAGGCGGCGGCGCGCUACCAGCUCCAACCCCAGGCCGACUACAGUGACGUGGAACAGCUCGGUCUCCUCGGCGAGGCGCUGACAGAGGUGGCUGCUUCGCUCGCCCACACGUAUAACCUGCCCCGGGAAGCCAUUCUGCACGGCCUACCUCUGAUAGACACCUACCAGACGAGUAUCGCCGCCUUUUGUCCGGCCCACCUGAGCGCCGGUCUACAGUGUGAGGUAUCCCGCUACCGGACCAUCGACGGCACGUGUAACAACCUGGACAAUCCGACCUGGGGAGCGGCGCGCACUACCUUCCGACGCCUGCUGGCACCGCACUAUAUCGACGGUGUUUCGGCCCCGAAGGACGUUCUGGCCGGUCUGCCGCUGCCCAGCCCUCGCCGAGUCUCCGGUACGCUGCACAACGACCAGGGUCGACACGACCACGCCGUCACCGUGAUGCUGGUCGCCUGGGGUCAGAUGAUUGACCACGACAUGACCUUCACCGCCGAGGUCAAACCCAAGGAGAUAGGCCGUAACGGGCGGCCCAAGAUGCCCGACUGCUGUAACGACCCGCGUCACGCCGACAAUCCGCUCUGCUACCCCAUCGUCAUUCCGGCGGAGGACGAGUUCUACGGCCUCUACGGACAGCGCUGUAUGAACCUGAUCCGCUCGCUGGCCGGCGUACAUAACCACUGCAAACUCGGCCCUCGUGACCCCAUCAACACGGUCACCUCCUACCUGGACGCCUCCUUCGUGUAUGGCUCGGACGAGGAAACUGCCCGCCGCAUGCGGACCUACCAGGGCGGCCUGCUGAAGACGCUGCCCGUGUUCCGCGAGCUCGGCCUCAAGGACCUGCUGCCGCCCAACCUGCACGCGCCCGACGAGGGCUGCAUUCGGCCCUCCAAUGACAUCUUCUGCUUCGACGCAGGCGACAACCGAGUGAACGAGCAGCUGGUGCUGGCUACAAUUCAGACGUACUUUGUCAGAGACCACAACCGGAUCGCCACUGAGCUGUCACUCAUCAACCCGCACUGGGACGACCAGACCCUUUACCAGGAGACCAAAAUGAUCAUGGCGGCUCUGUGCCAGCACAUCACAUACAACGAGUUUCUGCCAAUGGUUCUGGGCAGGGAGGUCAUGGAACGCGAGAGCCUCAUCCUAGGAAAGGGCUACAAGUACGACCCCACGCUGGAGGGCAGCACGGCUCUAUCGUUUGCCACGGCCACAUUCCGGUUCGGCCACUCGCUGCUGCCUGCCGUGGUCGAGCGCUGGUCGGUGAGCAGAAAAUACAUCGGCUCCCGUCGACUGAGCGAGCUGCUGCGCCAGCCUUACGACAUGUACCGGGGCGGCUUCAUCGACCAGUACGUCAUGGGGCUCAUCAACCAGGUCGCCCAGGCCAUGGACAACCUGGUCACACAGGAGGUGACCAACCACCUGUUCCAAAUGCCCGAGAACCGGUUCGGCAUGGACCUGGCCGCCAUCAACAUGCAGCGAGGUCGCGAGCACGGCAUCCCCGGCUACAACGACUACCGCGAGUACUGCGGCCUGCCGCGUAUCACCGACUUCAGUCAGCUGCACGACCUCAUGGUCAACGAUACGGCUCUGGGCUACCGCGCCAUCUACAGCCACCCGGACCACAUCGACUUGUGGUCGGGGGCGAUCUCUGAGCGGCCGCUGGCCGGCUCCAUGGUCGGCCCCACACUGGGCUGUCUGAUCGGAGAGCAGUUCAGGACACUGCGCUACGGCGACCGGUUCUGGUACGAGAACCACGGCUUCCCCAGCGCCUUCACGCCAGAACAAAUUGGGGAGAUCAAGAAGAUGAAGCUGAGCAGCAUCAUUUGUGACAAUUCGGACCACAUCGACUACAUUCAGCCUUAUGUGAUGGUCCUGUCCGAUCCAGAAAUUAACCCGCUGGUGCCCUGCGCCACUCUGCCCCGGCUUGACCUCAGUCUGUGGAGGGAUCUGGGCGCCGCCGGACACGGCGAGUUGCUGCGUAAGAAGAAGUAGGAUGUCUGAGAGUGUCAAGAGACGGCUGCCUCCCUCUCCCUUCCCUGCUGCUGCUGCUGCUGCUGAUGCUUCUGUCGCCCCUGCCGACGCCUAGUGUUGUCUUUCUGUGAUAAGCCGCUCCGUUGCAGUUUCCGAUAUGUUUCUAAAGGCGUUGCAGUCUCCACGAUACUUUUCUUCAUGUCCCGGCAUAGUGCCUGUUUGACGAUGAAUUUUGCCGGAUUGCGAAUCAAUUUUUGCUUUUCCGUCGCACUUAAACGGAUCUCCUGUGAAUAUUGUUCUACUUUUCAUCGCAUUCUUUGUGAAAUGUUUUCUAAUGUUAGGUAAGUAAUGGUAUGUUCUUUACACAGAUAUUUGCGUGUGUGAUUAUACCGCCAUGGUUUGACAUCUGUACUUACCAGACAUUUCAUGCUAUUUAUCUCAUAUGUUCUGAGCGAUGAUUUUGCUAGCUUUGAGGCACAUAUGCUAUUUUCUUUUCUUGCAUAAUCUGACACGUAUGAAAGGGGAGAGGGAUCAGACUGGAUGAUGUGGGCAGGGAGCGUUGGAUUAUGAGAAAGUCGAGAAAUGCGCUGAAAGUCAUCAAGGUAUGCAAGUAUUGUGCCUACGUGAAGAGAGAUUGAUAAUGCUCAACCAUACAAUGAAGUGUGUGAGGCCAAGGCUGGUACACAUCUGUGAAUAUUAACUUGAGAUGCCAACUGACGUGAGAUAAUUAUGACAUAAUGUAUUGCCGCUUGGAAUGAGAUUGGAACUGGAAGUGACAGUGUGACGGCUAAAUACAGUAUUCAUCGAA